AUGAAGAAUCUCGCCCUGCGGGACUCGGACAUGAUAUUCUCCUAUUUUGAUUUGUACGUCUUCCCUAUCUCCCAGAACUCUUCAGAAUUAGCUGUCGUCCUGCAAAAGCGACAACUGAAAAUAUUGACGUACCGAGCAAAGAAACAGAUCCAGAUGAAUAUUUCACGGCGCUGCCUAUUCAAGUUAGGAUCAUGCUAUAUCACGCGCUGCAACAAGAAAGUCCCAUAUCCGGGUGAUCUUCCUAUUGUUCCAGUUAAGCACGACAACAGCAGCGUAGAGGAGCCGCGAUCGGAGCAAGUUCCAACUUUUUCUCAGGAGUUAGUAUCUCAUUUAGAAUCUCUUUCACUUGUUCGAUUCGACAAUGAGCAAGCUGUUGUCCACUUGCGCUCUGCAGUGAAAUCCGCAAUGUCUUUGCAGGAAGUUGAAACUACUGAUAUCGAUCCAAUGUACACUGUUUGGGAGGAUCAGCAAUGCCCAUUACGUGAGGAUGAAGUUGAGAAGCCGUUCAGUUUGAGCCAGGUGUUGUCGAAUGCAAAUCCCGUCCAAGAUAACUAUUUCACGGCACCUCCUGGAAACGUACCUUUGGAAGAAGCAGCACCUCUCGAUCAUGCACUUAUCAGUCAGUGGGAUCGACUCGGCAUUGAAGUUGCUCCGGUACCGAAAAAACAAAAGCGUGAAUCUGAUCAGGAAAACGUCUUUCUGACCGAUUUCUACAUCGUUACGUCAAAAUACUAUUGUGAACGCAACACAACUACACGUCUACAAAAGUGGAUGGUCUCGGUAGCAGAAGAUCUGUCUCUGUACUGCUCUACUGUGGCAAAGAAGAAAUGGAUGUUUCGCAAAUAUCACUUCGACCAGAUCCAUCUUCAGGAAGCAAUCUCCAUAACACCGAAAACACCGAAAUAUAAUGAAGCAUGUGACCCCUUACAAGACCUAUACGAAGUGGUUCGCCACAUCCAAGAAUGUAUUGCACGUGACUGCGAAGACUGUCAACAUCCAGAAACUCAGUUGAUGCGUAAUCUACGAGCGUUCGAACUUGCAAGAAAGAAGAGCGUAUUCAUUUGUCUAUCCAAAGGAAGCUUUCUGAAGAUCACAACACAGGAAAAGGGAAGUCCCAGCUCGGUCGUUCUGGGAGAAGGAAAUGAACAAGUUGGCGGAUCGUUGCUGAAUGGAGAUGAUGACUUCGACAUCCAGGCCUGUUAA